AUGGCAGACCCAGGUUAUUACCACAGUGAUUAUAUUCGACACCCUGUCCUCUACGAGCUGGGUGUCAAGUAUGGAAUUAAAACGGAAUGUAUUCCAGAAAUAGCAUUGCCGUCUAAGUUGGAAGAGCUCAAGGAUGUCAUACGUAGGGAGAUACGUAAAGAACUGAAAAUAAAGGAAGGCGCCGAAAAGCUACGCGAAGUUGCUACUGAUCGGAGAUCAUUGUCGGACGUAGCAAACAUCGUUAAAAAAGCAAAUUUAAAACUUAACGAACUUAAAUCUGAUUUGCAAGAACUGGAAUCACAACUUCUUUUGUCACGCGGUCAGUCUACACCGACCUCUCCACAAGACUUGUCUUACGAUGAAGAAAUCAUACUUGCCUCAGAAGCGGCUCAACAGCAGCGUCAAUUGGGAGAAGGUACUGCAGACCGGAAGUUGGCAUCAUUGGAAAAACAAUUAAAUAUAGAGUUAAAGGUAAAACAAGGUGCAGAAAAUAUGAUCCAAAGCAUAAGCAGCAGUAAUCAAUCUCGUGAUAAAAAACUUCUUAAUGAAGCCCAUCAAAUGCUAGCAGAUUCUAAAGAUAAAAUUGAAUAUUUAAAACUGCGAAUUUCAAAAUUGAGUAAGCAACAGAAAGGUGAUAAUGCUGGAGCAAAUGGAGAUGGCAGAGGUACCGACCUUAGUGGUGUUGAUCCAUUGCUUGAUGAAAGAAUUGCAGAACUAAGGAAUCGCUUACGAAUUGAAGCUGCAGUUGUCGAAGGAUCCAAGAAUGCCAUAAGGCUAUUACAGAGCGACAAAAAAGUGACUGAUAAAAAGGCUUUACAAGAAGCUCAGACAAGUCUUGUUGAGUCAACACAAAAACUAGACUUAUUAAGAAGGUCUUUAGACAUGCGCCGACAGGAGCUCCCAGUUGAGAGUACUGCAUUUAUAGAAUUAGGACAUGAAUUACGUAGUACCGGCUCCAGCCCUGGAUAUGUUAGUUUGACGGGAGCCAGCGGACCAAGAAACUUGUUUGUAUCACCUGCCCCUAUGAUCAGCCCGUGCGUUCAAGUCACUGGUACCCUGGAGGUUAGAUUGAUGGGAUGUCAAGAUUUAUUGGAAGAAGUACCCGGGCGUACUCGCAGAGAUCCACUUGCAAGUCCGUCGGAUCUGAAGUCAUUUGUCAAAGGUGUUGCAAUACGCAACUCUAUGAAGUACACAUAUAGUAUAAAGGAGGAUACAAGUAAUGAGAUCAUGGCUGUUAUGAAGCUCGAUAAUCACACGGUAGCCCAAACUAGUUGGCGACCUUGCUCUCAGCAGGCCUGGGAUCAAAGAUUUACAAUAAGGUUAGAUAAAUCAAGGGAAUUGGAGAUUGGCAUACACUGGAAAGAUUGGCGUGGAUUGUGUGCUGUGAAAUUUUUGAGAUUAGAAGAAUUUAUUGAUGAUAUUCGGCAUGGAAUGGCUUUGGAACUUGAACCUCAGGGGCUUUUGUUUGCAGAAAUUAAGUUCCUCAAUCCGAUUAUAUCUAGAAAACCUAAACUCCAACGUCAAAGGAAAAUAUUCAAACAGCAGGGUAAGAAUAUUCCUCGACCAUCAUAUGGAGACAUGCACAUACCCGCUGUUGUACUCGGUAGACUUCUCAAACGUUCAUCGCCUUCAAUACAAAAUAUUCAAACUGCUCACAUACAAGCUCAACAGCAAAACUUUGAAACUAUUGAAAAUAAAGAUGUUGAGAACCCACAUGCCACUCUUGUUGGAAUGGCUGGGGUCAGACCUUUGGGUCUACCAUCCACCCCUACUACACCACUAGUGCCUAUACCACCACAAAAGCCAACACUGCCUUUAUACCCACCACCUAAUGUAUCAACUCUUAGAAUGGAGAAAGAAUUGCAAGAGGCCUUUGCUUUCUUAGAUGACUCUUACACCAGAGAUACCUAUAUUUCAAAGGAGCCACAGUCAUCACAGUGUAAUACACCUCUUGUUGAGUAUCCACCAUCUCCAUCACCAAAAUUAAUUCUAGAUUUCCCUAGCAAUGAGGACCAAAUAGUUGAAGUGACCAGUAACAUGAGAAUUUCUUCAUCUCGCUCCUCAUCGGUCAUUGAAACUUUAGGCAGGGAAUCUGACUCUAGGAGACAAUCAGGAGAGAUGUCAAUGAAUAGCUUCAGACUAUUAAGUGUUUUAGGACGUGGACAUUUUGGAAAAGUUAUUUUAGCUCAGUACAAAUCGACAAAUGAAUAUUUUGCAAUCAAAGCUUUAAAGAAAGGUGAUAUAAUAGCCAGAGAUGAAGUUGAUUCCUUGUUAUCAGAGAAACGCAUAUUUGAGGUAGCUAAUGCAAUAAGGCAUCCGUUUUUGGUAAACUUAUUUGCAUGUUUUCAAACUGAGCAACAUGUUUGUUUUGUAAUGGAAUAUGCAGCUGGAGGAGAUCUUAUGAUGCAUAUACAUGCAGAUGUCUUUACAGAACCAAGAGCAGUAUUUUAUGCAGCUUGUGUAGUAUUAGGUCUACAGUAUUUACAUGAAAAUAAUAUAAUUUAUAGGGAUUUAAAAUUAGAUAACUUGUUACUUGACACUGAUGGUUAUGUAAAGAUUGCAGAUUUUGGUUUAUGUAAGGAAGGUAUGGGCUGGGGUGACCGUACAGGUACAUUUUGUGGAACACCAGAGUUUCUUGCUCCUGAAGUCUUGACUGAAACAUCUUAUACGAGAGCAGUUGACUGGUGGGGACUUGGGGUUUUAAUAUUUGAAAUGCUGGUAGGAGAAUCACCUUUUCCUGGUGAAGAUGAAGGCGAAGUUUUUGAUUCCAUUGUAAACGACGAAGUCAGAUAUCCUAGAACGCUGUCUUUAGAAUCAAUUGCAUUAAUGCGUCGACUUCUACGAAAGAAUCCUGAGAGGAGAUUAGGUUCUUCUGAAAGGGAUGCAGAAGACGUUAAAAAGCAAGCAUUCUUCCGAAAUGUUGAUUGGGAGCAAUUACUUUUGCGUAAAGUUAAACCACCGUUUGUGCCAACUAUAAGUAAUCUUGAAGAUGUUAGCAACUUUGACAGUGAGUUUACAUCCGAAGCAGCAGUCUUAACCCCGCCUAAAGAGCCUCGCCCACUGAGCAACGCAGAUCACAAACUGUUUUCCGACUUCACAUACAUGGCAGACUGGUGCUAG